CCAAACAGUUGUACAAAUUGACUUCCACAGUAUGAAUGAAUGAAUAAAUAAUAAAUAAAUACUAUAGAAGUCAGCGGGGACCAAAAACGGUUUGGUUACCCACAUUCUUCAAAAUAUCUUCUUUUGUGUUCAGUAGAAUAAAGAGACUCAAACAGGUGCACAACUUGAGGGUGAGUAUAGACACAAUCUCUGUAAUUGUUUAUUUUCUUAGCUAUUAGAUAGUGAAAAGUGGUCUGAAUGACAGGUGUUCUGUGGGAGAGGGUUGCAAGAUAAAGCAGGCUUGAUAUCAGCUGCCAGUGCCAAGAAAAGUUGUUUCAGAUGGUGACCGAGUUAUUAUAUUUUUGACUGUUCCUUUAAAACUACCUGGUAGCAACGCGCCUUUUCAUUGGCUGCAAACUCACCAUCAGAUGGCCAUCAUAGCCUGAGUGCUGUAAAACGUUUUUGAGACUUAUGAAAUCUCACAGGCAGAUAUUAUUUGAAGAAAAUUAAGCAUGGACUUCAAAGAGAUGUUAGUAAAAAUCUUCGACCAAAAUCGGGAAGUAGUAUUAUGCGCUGUAGGCACAGCUGUCGCUCUGUUUGGACUCGGGCUUGUGUAUAAAUACACGAGUCCAGAGAAGAAGUUAACUCGAGUGGGAGUCGUUACCCAGCUGCUGGUUCACCCUCUGAAGUCUGGGAAAGUCGUGUCGGUGGAGACCGCAGAAUGUCUGCGAAUGGGGCUGAAAUAUGGCAAACUGCAGGAUCGGCACUGGCUGGUGAUCACGGAGGACGGCCGCAUGGUGACAGGCAGACAGGAGCCUCGUCUGGUGUUGGCGUCUUUGACCUGUGAAGGUGGCCAGCUGUGUCUCAGUGGACCCCAGAUGGAGGAGUUGAGGGUUCCUCUUCACCAGCCCAAUAAUGCAGUUGUGGACUGCAGAGUCUUUGGUGUAGACGUUCAGGGCAGGGACUGUGGGGACGAUGUGUCUAACUGGCUUACUCGAUACCUGAAAUCAGACAACACCUUUCGUCUGGUGCAUUUUGAACCUCAUCUAAAAGCCCAGAAGCCUUCUGAGAAAGAACCCCUCUUUCCUAAGGAUGAAAAGGUGGCCUAUCCUGAUGCUGCUCCCAUCAUGCUCAUGUCAGAGGCCUCUGUUAGGGACCUGAAUACCCGAUUGGAUAAGGAUGUUACUGUCUUUCAAUUUCGUCCCAGUAUUGUUGUCAGUGACUGUGAGGCAUUCACGGAGGACACAUGGGAUCAUAUUCAGAUUGGCCAAGUGGAGUUAAAGAGAGUUGUUGGCUGUGGAAGAUGCCUUUUUACCACUGUUGACCCUGAGACUGGAGUCAUCAACCGGAAAGAACCACUGGACACUCUCAAAACCUAUCGACUGACUGACCCUAAGCAGAAAACCGCGCCAAUAUUGGGACAGUACUACACCGUCAAGAAAACAGGUGUCCUUCAUGUGGGUGAACCGGUUUAUAAGAUCACCUAUUGAUAUGGCCAGACAGGAUGAAAUGCUGAACCUUAUAUCAAAAUCUAGCGACUAAUUUUGACAUGUAAUUGCUUACAUACACAGUUUCUAAAGUUAGGCUGAAUCAGUAUUCUUUUCAUGAAUUGCCAUUGAAUAAGAAAAAUAAAAUAAUAUAUGGUAUGUUAUUUUUGUGGAAUACAAAUAAUUUAAUUCAACUUCAAUAUUUUGUGUUCCUCAAAACAACACAAGGGUGAAUAAAUGAUGACCGUUUUGAGUGAAGUAAUUAUUUAAUGUGAAAUGAGAAGAUGUGAAUUCUGCGAUUUAUAUUUUAGCCAAUGUAUUGGGAAGAUAAUUGUUACAUUGUAAUAAUGGUCUGGUUUCAUGGCAACGGCUCAAAUCAGUAUCUUAAUUUAAAUGGAGUGUGUGACUGGUAUCAGUAAUGAAAACUGUCAGACACUGGACUGUUGAAUUCAUUUGAAAACUAAUCCAAUGGAUGGCGCCGUUUCAUUGAUUUCAAGGAGUUUAAUUUGUCGUGGACAACCAGUAAAACAAACUACCUCUCU